UGGAAUUUUCACACUAGGUUGGUUUGGUUCUUUGCCUCUGGUGUCUUUUUGCUUCCCACCAUUCUCUCGCUUUGGCCGACAUCUACUCGUUCUCUACCACGCCAUAAAAAACAUUGCUUCGGCUUCUUAGACCUUGUUCUGUUUACUAUUCAGUCCAUUCUCAUGCGAUCGAUCCCCCGUCCCCCACAAUGUCAGAUCCAGAAAAGUCCAUCCCGCCAGUCGUCAUCUCCCAAUACCCGAACAGUCCCUGCUCGUCCCCACAGACUCCGAUUCACAAGGAAUUCUAUUCACCCAUCACCGGACAGUCUCCCACGUCGUCUGUCUCCAGAUCCGAGUGCGACAAUGAUGAACGAGCCCUAACACUCACCAUUACCCAAGCCUCAAGGCAGUCUGCCGCGAGAACGGCGACAAGAAUAACCACUCAUGGCACCGACCUCACGCUGGAUCCAUCCUUUGAAGUGGACUUUGACCCUGACGACCCUGGAAACCCGAGGAAUUGGUCGAUGUGGUACAAGGCCUUCGCCCUCUUUGCAAUAUCCUUCGGAACAUUGGGGGUGGUCAUGUACUCGACCUCAUACACCUCAGGCAUGGAUGCCAUGAUGAAGGAAUUCGGUGUCAAGUCGGAACCUAUUGCCACCCUAGGUGUCACGGCAUACCUAUUUGGGCUGGCCGUUGGUUCUUUACUUCUUGCUCCGAUUGCAGAGACAUAUGGCCGAAAACCGGUCUACACGAUUUGCAUGGCCAUCUUUACCAUCCUUGUCCUUCCCACGGGAGUCGCUACGGACCUGCAGACCAUCAUUAUCGUGAGAUUUUUCGGGGCUGUCUUUGGGAGUGCCAUGAUUGCCAAUGCUCCUGGGUCCAUAGCGGAUCUGGUCUCGGACGAGUAUCGCGCUACAGCCUUCUCCAUCUGGUCCAUUGGGCCCAUGAAUGGCCCCGUGGUUGGACCGACCAUUGGAGGCUUCGUCACUGAGUAUCUGGGUUGGCGGUGGACCAAUUGGAUAGCCAUGAUCUGGGGAGGUUGCGCCUUUGUUUUACUGCUGUUUUUGAAAGAGACAUACUCUCCAGUCCUGCUACAGCGUCGGGCCAAGAAAUUGCGUCGAGUCCAUGACGAUGAGAGGUACUGGACCCGUUACGACAUUCGGGUGGGAUUUGUCGAGUUGAUGAAAAUCAACCUCAAACGUCCAUUACUCCUGGCGGUCCAGGAACCCAUCUGCAUCUUCUGGAAUGUUUACAUCUCGAUUGUUUAUGGUAUCCUCUACCUCUGCUUCGUCGCCUACCCUAUUGUCUUCACCGAACUCCGCGGCUGGUCUACUGGCUUCAGCGGCCUCUCCUUCCUCGGAAUAGGGAUAGGAACGAUGUUAAUUAUCGGAAGCGCGUCGCCCAUCCGGAAGCUCAUCAAUUCGCACAAGCGAGACCAAGAUGGAAAUGUGCCGCCCGAGGCUAUGAUGAGCAUCGUCUGCAUCGCGGCUGUGCUGGUCCCUAUCGGCGAACUGUGGUUUGCCUGGUCCUGCUAUCCGACCAAGAUCCACUGGGCAAUCUCCAUUGCCGCGGGUAUCCCGUUCGGAUAUGGUAAUGGGGCCGUGUUUAUCUACGCCGGGAACUACCUCGCCUACAGCUAUGGAAUCUACGCCGCCAGCGCGAUGGCAGGCAACGCCGUUAUGAGAUCCCUACUGGGUGGCACAUUGCCCCUAGCCGGGCCGGCGAUGUAUCGCGCCCUCGGCCCCAAUUGGGCGGGAACUCUGCUGGGCAUUCUCGAGAUCAUCAUCAUCCCGAUCCCGUUCCUCUUCUACCGCUACGGGGGUCGCAUUCGAGAAAAGUCUACGCUGAUUCGUCAGAUGCGAGAGGACGAAGAACGCCAGGAGCGCAAACGGAAAAAGGCUGAGGAGAGGCUGCGCAUCGCGGUCAUGAGCGGCGACGAGGAGGAGACCAAGGAGGCCCGCAACGAGUUGGUCCGGGUGCGGAGUCGGUUGGACGACGAGAAGAACCUCGAGGUCGCCGGCCAGGAGACGUUGAACUGCAUCCAGGGACUGGGACCUGGGAAGGAGACGGUCUAAAUCAUGUACAAGUCUUCCGGGGAGGUUGACCAACAUGGGACGACGAGAUGACAUGAGAAAUGACCGACAAUAAACAACCAGGCUGGAAACGUAUCGACCAAGGAACCGCCCAACGUGAGAACGAGGGCCAUCGCCAGAGACAUCGAACCAGGCCACGAAUCUUUUCCAAUUUGUUUAAAGCGGUCCGCAAGGGAUCGGGGCACGGCAGUCACAGCAACCUUGCCCACUUCGAAUUUCGACUACACACGCAUAGACGGACAUUGGACAGGACUCGACACGGGGCGUUCACACGAUACUGAUUACGACCAAUGAAUGAAUAGACACGGGCGCAUCUCUAUUUUCGAUUCAGCUUGGCAACAUUUUGAUACAGCAUGGCGUUUGGGGCGCCUGGGAAAACGCCUAUAAGGAAGAAGAAAAGCCAGUGAUGCCUGAGAGGACAGCAGCUCUAAACGCCUCCUAAUUUUAUUUUCUUGAUUUUGGGACGGAGCGGAACGGAGAGAUAAAGAUGACAGGCAUGCUUGCCUUGGGAAGACGGAAACGAGUGCGGCGACGCGGUUGGAGCAAAUGUGAGUGACUGGGUAUUUAUUGUUCGUUUGCUGUUUGAUUGAGAUGUAUGUACGAGCCGGAACCAAAGCUCAGUGUCGCGACUUAUCGAGCGAGCAAGCACCCCUUGACAAAAUGUGCAUGCUGCUCAUCAUCACCCCAUAUAGAGGCAGAAGAAAGGGUAGAAAAACAUCGGAAAACCAAUUGUCUACACCA